UUCAGUCCGCCUCGGGGUCUGCUCACUGAAGCGCACAGAGUGUGGCUACCUCUGGAGAGCGCUUCUGCUUAGCUGGCAUUUUAUAGAUGAAGGAUCGUGCGGAGUCGCAGAAUAUGUGGCUCGCCUUCUGCUUGUUCACACUUUGGUUUUCCGUGGCCGGACACUGUCUACCUUUACGGGACUCCGGUCCGUUGAUUAGCAACGGGUGGGACAAACCUGUCCGGUUUAGACACCUAUACGCAGCGAACAGACAGGGGCUCGCCAGUUACCAUUUGCAGAUAAAUGAAGAUGGAAGGGUGGAAGGCGCUCCGCAUCAAACUUCCUUCAGUCUCUUGGAAAUCAGACCUGUUUCCACUGGAUGUGUAGCAUUCAGAGGAGUUAAAAGUUCACAUUAUCUCUGUAUGAAUAAGGAUGGGAAACUGCGAGGACUGCAAACCUAUAAGGAGGAUGACUGCUCUUUCAUCGAGCACAUUUUGCCAAAUGGAUACAGCCUAUAUACAUCUGAGAAGCACAAGGCAGUUGUGAGCCUCAGUGGAACUAAACAACGGUUUUAUUCCCAAGGGAAGAACAUUCCCCCUUUAUCCCAGUUCUUACCUAUGGUCAGCACUAUCUCCGAUAUUGAUCUUGAAGCUGGAGACCAGUCCUCCGUAGCAGAAUCAAGAUUUCCAUCUUAUCCAGAAACUGACAGUAUGGAUCCUUUUGCAGACAGCUCUAGAAUUUAUAUUCCGAGCCCCAGCUUCCACAAGAGAUCACUUAGCAGUUAAAGAACUUUCUUCAAAGGUGAUGCCAUUGUGUUUUCUAUGUUUACAACAACAGCUUAAUUGAUUGCAUCCCACCAUCUGAAUAAUAAGGGAAUUAAUACAAGCUUUCUCAGUCAUGUGGGUGAGAAAAACAAACAAAAAAAUCUUUUUUUUUUCCACCGUCUUGUCCAUUCAGAGUGGAUACUUGAAAAUGCUGAUUGUAAUUUUUGUUUAGCUGUAGCACUUGUUUAUCAAAGAAAUAUUUAUAAAUAAUUUAUUUAAUUUAAACAUAUAUUUUUAUACAAAAUAUUUAUUUUUACAUUUUUUGACAUGUUACGGAUUAUUUACUGAAGUAUGACUUGUAAAUGUUUUCUAUUAAUCACUGUAUUCAUGUUGAGUGCUUUUUUUAUCUAAUUAAAUGUUAGUUUUCAGUUCCAUGAAUCACAAAUAAACAAGUCUGAAUUAAAAAUGUGUUUAUUCAAAAUUAGAUGUUGCAUGUGCUAAAGUACUUAUCCACUCUUGAGUCUCUUAAUUUUUGUGAAAAGUGCAAAUUAUAAUACAGUAUAAAGCAGUUAGACCUCUAUGUCUUUGUUAUAAAACUGUCUUUCUUGUCUCAAUAUACUCAAGAUGAUUACCAUUAAAUAAAUUACCAUAUGCAAAUGUAUAUUGUCACUUAUAAACCUUUGAUGAAAAAGAAAAAAAAAGAUAUAAAUAUUAAAGAGAACAUUUACUGUUUGUAAGGUGAUUCAAUUUCAAGUUGGCGUUCCCGCUGCAUAGAGUUUUCUUGUUCUCCUUAUGUUUUUGUUCACUUCCCCUCCAUAAGCCUGAAUUUGUCGAUAGCUCUAUAACAGUGUAGUUGUUCUCCAUUUUUUGAGAAUUAGUUACAGUUACAGUGAACAUAAUGUAUUUAAUCUGAGCAGUUAUGGUGAAAGAGUUGACAUUUUAAAAAUAACUUUAUAAAAACAGUAUUUUAUUAAAUAAAUUAAAAUAAAUUAGACACAAAAGCAAAAAUUCACUGGAUGCUGCAUCCACAGAUUUAUAUUUGAUCUGAAAUCAAAUCCACAUUACAACAACAACAUUUAUUUAUAUAGCACAUUUUCAUACAAAAAAGUAGCUCAAAGUGCUUUACAUAAUGAAGAAAAGAAAAAUAAAAGACAAAGUAAGAAAUUAAAAUAAGACAACAUUAGUUAACAUAGAAUAAGAGUAAGGUCCGAUGGCCAGGGAGGACAGAAAAAACAAAAAAAAAAAAACUCCAGACGGCUGGAGGAAAA